CUUCAAUUUCACGCAUACGUCACGUCCUGUUUGUUGCUGCCGCGUUGUUUGAGCUAGAGCUCCGUCGAGCUGAUUCCUAAUUGUUUGUUUUUGCCUCGUAAAAUCUAACUUAUAAUCUAUCACUCUUUCUUUUUCGGUGGGGGAACACAUCCCCAACAUUAUUUUAUAUAAAAAACAUUUGGAUUACCUUGAUAUCGCUAGUUUUAUCCGACUUCCCGAACUUUCGCUACUAGCUUUAGCCCGUUAGCAUUAGCGGCGUGCCACGCCCACGCUACGCUAGCGUUUGUACUCUUCUCUCUCACAAUAUUAUUGUUUCAUCUACUCUAAUGGCGAGUGUAUUGGAUGUUUCUCUACCUUUAUGUGCAGGUGAGGACACGUUUGAGCUGCAUGCGGUGCAGUUGGAACUGGAGGCCGUGGAGCGGCAGAUCCGGAUCCUUCUCGAGAAGCAGGCCGAGCUACGCGAGCGGCAGACAGCGCUGGAAACUUCUCGCGCUGACGCUCACCAACCCUCGGGCCCGAGCACCAAGAACGCGUUCAUCCCAGCCCUCGUUCACUCCGGCGCCGUCACACCAGGGACCUUGGGUGCUUCAGCAGCGGAAGACGCGAGCCAGGCCUCGGACCAGGACCUCUCCUCCACCGCCCCCGGUCUUCGACGUCUCGACACGGAACCGCUUCUCCCCUCUUCGCGAGGCAGAACGCGACGCCGUGGUCAUCGGAGACUCCAUCGUCCGCCACGUCCACGCUACCACAGCCAAAGGUAAGGUGCGCAGUCACUGUUUUCCUGGUGCUUGUGUUCUCGAUGUCUCUGUGCAGAUUCCCGCGAUCCUCAACGGUGCUGAGACCAUCGGAGCUGUAGUGCUGCACGCGGGGGUGAACGACACCAGGCUGCGGCAGACGGAGGUGCUGAAGCAGGACUUCAGAAGCCUGAUCGAGACGGUACGAGCCACAUCGCCCGCGACGAAGAUCAUCGUGUCCGGACCGCUUCCGACGUACCGACGAGGACAUGAAAGGUUCAGUAGAUUAUUUGCUUUAAAUGAAUGGUUGAUGUCUUGGUGUAAUGAACAGAAGCUGCUCUUUGUAAAUAAUUGGAAUCUUUUCUGGGAGCGUCCUAGGCUCUUCCGUGCUGAUGGCCUGCACCCCAGCAGCAUCGGAGCUGAUCUUCUGUCAGAGAACAUCUCCAAGACGCUUCGCACCAUAUGACUAGUAAGUCAAACCUCAAAUCACAGCCUGUGUUCUGCCCACUUAAUUGAUAGAAAUGUGAGUGUAGUACAGUCUAUAGAAACUGUGUCUAUUCCCCGAAUAGUGAGGUUUAACAAUAAAAAUAAAGGAUCUAGAAAAAACCUAAUCGUGAUCAAACCAGAUUUUUGUAAAAUU